AUGUCUGCUGUUGCCUUGAGCUGUAGUUCUAGUAACGAUCUCGUUUCACCGGACUCGGUAGAAUGGGCGGCAAGUCUUCCUUCAGAUUUGAUGUUUCUGAUUCUCGAUAAGUUGUUCGAGUCCACUGACCAUGUUCGUUUUGCUGCCGUCUGCAAGAGAUGGAAUUCUGUUGCAAAAGACUCCUAUAAACACUCGUCAUCAUCUCGUACACUGGUUCCCAUGCUUAUGAUCCCUAAAAAAGAAGAAGAAUCCAAAGAAGCAGCAAUACUGUACAGUGUUUCUGAAAAGAAAGUCUACAACAACUUUCGGUUCCAUAUUCCCAGAAAUUAUCUUUAUAGGACGAUGACCGAGGGUGUUUAUUCCGGCGCUGGCCAAGGUUGGCUGGCUAGAGGUGUUCGUAAUCUGUCAGACGAGUUCAACAAUUUUCCGAAGAAUGAUCCAAGUUUACGUAUAACUCUCCUGAACCCUUUCAGAUCACAACGGACGUCGUCCAUUGCUCUCCCACUUUUUCCCUUACCUGAGAAAAAAGACUUGUACAAGUUCAAGGUUGUUUUGUCUGCUGAUCCGACUUUGAAUCCGGACAAUUAUGUGGUGAUAUUGUUAUGCAUGAGGAGUAUGUAUAGUUCGGAGCUUGCUUUCGUCACAGGAGGACGAAAGUAUUGGACUCGGCCGGUUGGUGAUGAUUGGAUGAUCACUGAUGCUAUAUUCUAUAAAGGGCGAGUCUAUGCCAUUGCAAACCGAGGCACGCGAUCUAAAGUGAUAACAUUCAAUGGUAAAGGCUCUUCAGUGCAAGCAAGUUAUACAGGCCAAUGGCUACAUGAUCAUGAUGUUGGAACAGCCUAUCUUGUUGAAUCAACUGAGGGAGACUUGCUAUGUGUUCGAAGACACGCUGAACCAAAAGCCUGCAGUACUACUGAUGGUGGUAGAUUGUGGGGGACGGAAAAAUUUACUGUUUACAAGUUGACUUUGAACAACAGAAGUGGAUCUGUUGUGAGCCUAGUUGAGGUAAAAAGUAUCGGAGACAAUGCACUGUUCUUAGGUAGCAACAGUCAAUCAAUGUCAGUCUUAGCUUCAAAGCAUCCUGGGUGUCAACCGAAUUGUAUAUACUACACCAACGAUUUGGUAAGGCUAAAUUGGUGGCUUCAUGAUGAUAUAGUAGUGCCGUUGGAUACGGGGAUUUUCAACAUGGAAGACAAAACCAUAGCGCAGCUUUGCCCUCAAAUUUCUAUGGAAGAGCACGGUAGCCCACUUUGGAUUACACCAACAUUUAGUGGUCUCUCUACCGAUUCAUCUUGA